AUGCAGGGUCAAAAUUGGUCCGGCCCUGCAGCCGAGCCGUCCCAAAACUUCAACCCACCUCCCUUCUUCAACAAUGACGGCUCCAUGAACCAGGAGGCCAUGCACAACAUGUUCCAGGGAAAUGUGCCCAAUGACAUGGCAAACGCAGGCUUUUCGGGCUUUGACCCCGCCUCAUCCGCCAACUUCUCCCACCCGUCUCAGAUGAUGAUGCAACAGCACUCGGGCAUGGGCGACCCUUCACAGCGUUUCAACCCCAACAUGGCCCAGAACGGUAUGGACGCAGCAGCAGCCGCCUACAAUCAGAUGGCCUUCAACAACUCGAUAUCCGCACCCGCAUCUCGACGACAGUCAGAAAAGAACAACGACCCGUCGCAAUCGGAUCAGCCCAACGUCGGCAACUGGAACGGCAUGCCCAACAACAUGCAAGAUUAUAUGCAGAAUGGUGGUGCCGACAAUACUGGCAACAUGUCCAUGCGCGCUCCUACCAACAUGGACUUCCGAAACAGCAUCAACGGCUACGAAGCCGACGGGCCCAGCUCCAACAGCAGCGAAGAAUCCGCACAGGGCAAGCGCAGACGAAUGACGUUUGGAGGCGCGCCCAUCCACCCCGCCCAGAUGCAAGGCGGAAACAAGCCCUUGCUCGUGCACAACGAUACCUCCAGCAGUAGCGUCCUGAGCGAUCUCAACAACAGCAUGGGAUCCGGGCCCAUGCCUGGGUUCGGUCCAGAUGGACAGCAGCAGCAGGCCAAUUUUGUGCGUCCACCCUUCCGUCACCGUCGAUCCCGCAGCGGAUCCGAGGCGGUUGGGCCACCGGGCUUCGGACAGCGUUCUUUCAGCAGCAUGGAGCUAGGUCCGGGCGCACAGGACCUGUACGGAGGCGGAGUCGGCUACCCGCAACCGCCGCCCUUGUAUCCCGCAGGUCAACAGCAUAGCCACUCGUUUGUCGGAUCGCAGGCGCUGGCAGCCAUGGGUGGACAUGCUGCCAGCCAUCCACCCGGCCUCGGAAGUCAGAUCCUUCGCGGCGUCGAUGUCAGCGCGAGCGGCUCUUCCGCUGCCACUGAUUUCACCAAGCGCAAGGGCUGGACCGGCCGUGUGGUCGAAGAGCUGUUGGAUUUUGUCCACGUGCUGGAUCCCGAGGGAACUAUUCUCUUUGCCAGCCCCAGCGUUCAAGGGCUCACAGGCUGGAAGAGCGAAGAGCUCAAAGGGCGCAAGCUCACCGAGUUCGUCCAUCCUCAGGAUGUUGCCUCGGUCGAGCGAGAGAUCGAUCGGAUGCGAUCCAGCAAGGGCGAGCUGUUGACCUACUACCGCUUCAAGACCAAGCCCAAGACGACCAGACCGAGCAAGAAGGGCGACAAGGCGUCCAAGGAGCACGAGUCGUCCGCGGGCGAUACGGCCGAGGAGAAGGACAAGAGCAACGAGCGUCGGAGCGAGGUCGAGCACGCAGACGCAUUCACACGCGAUGGCGAUUAUAUUGUCUUUGAAGCCACGGGGCAUCCGUACUUCCCGCCAGAGCCUGCGCCUGGCGCAACAAAUGGGUCCGGCGACAGCGCGGACACCAAAGGCGAUGCGCAGGCCGGGGAAGAAGACGGCCUGACCGCGUCCAAGAGUUCCGAUGGCGAGACGCAGCAGGGUCAAAUCAAAUCGGAAAGCAUGGCGCCUAGCCUGUCUACGAACUCGAAAGCGGCGCAUCCACUCAGCCAGGAGCAGACGCUGCAGACUCCUACCAGCGAUGCCGCCAGCAGCUCCUCACGCGCACAGUUGCAAUGUUUCUUCUGCUCCGCACGCCCCUACCCCAGCAAGAACACAAGCAUGCUCGACUCGUUCCUCGAACUCAAGCUCGAGAAUGAGAAGCUGCGUUUGCUCAUUGCCGACAUGGACUUGACCGGUCCCGACAACGAGCAUGACCGCAACUCGUUCGCAGCUGCUUACCACCCUGACCUGCUCAAGCAGGAAUUGGAGAGCGACGCGAUGGCAGGCGGUUGGGCGCAUGCCGUCAACCCCAUGUUUGGCUCGGCGACGGUGGGUCCGGAUGGCCGCGUUAUGUCGACACCUUCGGGUCAACGACCCAUGCACGGCUCGCGGCAGAACUCAUUGGGAUCGCAUCCGACCAGCCCGCUCAUGCGCACCAACAGCGCGAGAGACGAGGUUCUGGCCGGCCUUGGCGUCUCUGCGGGCGACGACUCGGACGAAGAUGCGACAGCGAGUCAGAGCAAUGCCAACGGCGCAGGCGCUGACCCGAAUGCAGCCGACGAUGCUCGACGCAAGAAGAAGCCCAAGCAGGAUGACGGCGACCACGUCUGCACCGAUUGUGGUCGUGUCGACUCGCCAGAAUGGCGCAAAGGCCCUCUAGGACCCAAGACGCUGUGCAAUGCGUGCGGUCUGCGAUGGGCCAAGAAGAUCAAGCGCAAGGGCGGUGAUCCCAACUUGGCUGCUGGUUCGAUGAUGGCUCCCGGCAGCGGCGGCAUGCCACCCGGUGGUGGUGGUGUUGGCAGCGGCGGCGGAGGAAUGGGCAUGAACGUGGGUAUGGGCUCGCACAUGAUGCCUCACGGUCCACCGAUGCAGCACGGUCAUCCACACCCGUUCAACAGGGCCGACAGCGGCCAGCUUCAGGGCAUGCAGAUCGCGCCACCUGGCUCGCUUCCACCUGGCAUGAACAUGCACGGCAUGAUCAAUUCGUCUCCGAACGGCUUUGCUAGCCGCAACUCCUUCGACGAGAACCCACACCAGCAUCCGAACAACGGUCUCAACAAUAUGGGGGGCGGCGGUCAGAUGUGA